AUGUCCAAUGGCAGCUCCAUCACCCACUUCCUCCUCCUGGCAUUUGCAGACAAGAGGGACCUGCAGCUCUUCCACUUCUGGCUCUUCCUGGGCAUCUACCUGGCUGCCCUCCUGGGCAACGGCCUCAUCAUCACCACCGUAGCCUGUGACCACCACCUGCACACACCCAUGUACUUCUUCCUAUUAAAUCUCUCCCUUGUUGAACUCGGCUCCAUCUCCACCACCAUGCCCAAAUCCAUGGUCAAUUCCCUCUGGGGCACCAGGGACAUCUUCUACCAAGGGUGUGUGGCCCAGCUUUUUUUCUUAUUCUUUUUUAUGUCAGCAGAGUAUUUUCUUCUCAAUGUCAUGGCCUAUGACCGCUACGUUGCCAUCUGCAAACCCCUGCACUACGGGACCCUCCUGGGCAGCAGAGCUUGUGUCCACAUGGCAGCAGCUGCCUGGGGCAGUGGGUUUCUCUAUUCUCUCCUGCACACGGCCAAUACGUUUUCCAUACCCCUCUGCAAGGGCAAUGCUGUGGACCAGUUCUUCUGUGAGAUCCCCCAGAUCCUCAAGCUCUCCUGCUCAGAUGCCUACCUCAGGGAGGUUGGGCUUAUUGUGGUCAGUGUCUGCAUUGUAUUUGGGUGUUUUAUUUUCAUUGUGCUGUCCUAUGUGCAGAUCUUCAGGGCCGUGCUGAGGAUCCCCUCUCAGCAGGGACGGCACAAAGCCUUCUCCACGUGUGUCCCUCACCUGGCUGUGGUGUCCCUCUUUAUCAUCACUGGCAUGUUUGCCUACCUAAAGCCCCCCUCAGUCUCCUCACCAUCUCUGGAUCUGGUGGUUAGUGUCUUGUAUUCAGUUGUGCCUCCAGCAGUGAACCCCUUCAUCUACAGCAUGAGGAACCAGGAGCUCAAAGAUGCACUCAAGAAUCAUUUAGUGUUCUUCAACAAGAAUAAUCUCCCAUCUCUUCACAAAUGA